AUGGAUCUCUUCAUAGUCCUGGUGAUCUGUCUUUCUUUUUUGAUUUUCCUUUUUCUAUGGAAUCAAAGCUAUGCCAAAGGGAAGCUGCCACCUGGGCCCAUUCCUCUCCCAAUUGUUGGAAAUUUUCUACAGAUAAAUACUAAGGAUGUCAAUGAAUUCAUAAACAAGCUAGCGAAAGAUUAUGGCCCUGUGUUCACUGUGUAUUUUGGCAUGAAACCCACGGUGGUGGUUCAUGGAUAUGAGGCAGUGAAGGAAGUCCUGAUUGAUCAGAGUGAGGACUUUGCUGGCAGAGGCAGCUUCCCAGUGGCAGACAGAAUCAACCAGGGAUUAGGAGUUGUUUUCAGCAGUGGAGAAAAAUGGAAGCAAACCCGGCGUUUCUCCCUCAUGGUUUUGAGGAAUAUGGGGAUGGGGAAGAGGACUAUUGAAAACAGAAUUCAAGAGGAAGCCCAGUGUUUGGUGGAAGCAUUUAAAAAAACCAAUAGAUCUCCGUAUGACCCUAGUUUCCUUCUGGGCUGUGCUCCCUGCAAUGUGAUCUGCUCCAUUAUUUUCCGGAAUCGUUUUGAGUACAGUGAUGAGAAAUUUCUAACCUUGGUAAAGCAUGUUAAGGAAAACACAAGAAUUGUAAGCACCCCCUGGAUAGAGUUCUACAAUGCUUUCCCUUUUUUGUUACAUCAUCUCCCAGGAAGUCAUAAUACAGUAUUUAAAAACAUGACUGAGCAAAGAAAGUUUUUUUUAGAGCAAAUAAAGAAACACCAAGAAUCCCUGGACCUCAGUAACCCUCAAGACUUUAUUGAUUACUUCCUGAUUAAAAUGGAAAAGGAGAAACACAAUAAACAGUCUGAAUUUACCAUGGACAACUUGAUCACCACCAUAUGGGAUGUGUUUAGUGCCGCAACAGAGACAACGAGCCUCACUCUGACAUAUGGAUUCCUGCUCCUGCUGAAGUACCCAGAGGUCACAGCUAAAAUCCAGGAAGAAAUUGACCAUGUGGUUGGCAGAAACCGGAACCCCUGCAUGCAGGACAGGAGCCACAUGCCCUACACGGAUGCUGUGCUCCACGAGAUCCAGAGAUACAUUGACCUCGUCCCCAGGAACCUGCCCCAUGAAACAACUCGGGACAUUAAAUUCAGAGAAUACCUUAUUCCCAAGGGCACAGCCAUAUUAACAUCUCUGACUUCUGUCCUGUAUGAUGACAAAGAGUUUCCCAACCCAGAUCAGUUUGAUCCUGGUCACUUCCUGGAUAAAAGUGGCAAGUUUAAGAAGAGUGACUACUUCAUGGCUUUUUCAGCAGGAAAAAGAGUUUGUGUUGGAGAAGGCCUGGCCCGCAUGGAGCUGUUUUUACUCUUGGUCAGCAUUUUACAGCAUUUUACCUUAAAACCUGUGGUUGACAUGAAGGACAUUGACAUUACCCCAGGUUUCAAAGGGUUUAUCAGUAUACCACCCUCAUAUAAGGUCUGCUUCAUUCCAGUCUGAAGAAAGGGCCAGCUGCCAGGUUGCAGAACAAGCCUCUCCAGAUUUAACUGCACAAGCUGGGUGCUCUCUGUCCUGUUAGCUAUUGUCCUCCUCUCACUUAACUUCAGGAAUUGCAUUCCUGAGCCUGUCUCUUCUAAUUUUCUUUAAGAUUCAGUUCAAAUUUCCCUGUAUGAAAUACAGCUCACUGUUUUAUCCCCAAUAAAUUGUUUUUUUAAAUUACGAUCCUGAGAUCUUAAGCUACAUCUCAUCUACUGUGUACACCAAAUGGAAGCCACCUUAUAAAUGUCAUAUUUUAUUAAAAAUUAAAAUUGGCAAUUAUCCCAUGUGUUAAAAUUUUUAAAAUAUAAAAUGCACUCAUCUCUUACUCCUAUUUAUCUCUCCAGGGAAUGGUCUCUUGACAGUUUGGCAUGUGUAAUUUUGUUUCUUCUCAAUGUUUAUUAAAAAUGUAAUUAUGUG